AUGGCUCCUCCGCCCUCCGCGAGUCUACCUCUCGGUGAAAGGAUUCUAGCUCUGGCCAAAACUUUACAGUUUGCCUGGUUUAGCGGACACCUCCUACUUCUGCUGAGUCUUUUCCGGUACUCCAUCGGCCUUAUCGCAUUUAACUAUACCUCGCGUUGGGCUCGAUUUACCUAUCGUACAGCCUUCCUCUCGGCGGCCCUAACAUACGGGAUUGUUGUAUACAAGACAUGGCGAGCUCGACAGAAGGUUGGGGCCAAGAGCCCAGGAGUUCUAGGCCUUCUCUCAGAUGAAAACGUUCAAUAUCUUGCCAUGGCAAUUGUAUGGUUCCUAGCUCCUCAAUACACCCUCGCCCUAUUUCCGUACGGCAUUUAUUCCGUAUUCCACGUCGCAACAUAUACGCGAAGCAACCUUAUUCCCACUAUCCAGCCCAAUAAGGUCCCUGCUGGUGCUUCUCCUGGUGCCAAACCGCAGUCGGCUAGCCCUCUUGCCGAGGCCAUUGGGAACUUCGUAAAGCAAUACUAUGACGCGUCCAUGUCUGUCGUUUCGGGCCUAGAGAUUCUACUUUGGUUCCGAUUGUUCCUAUCGGCCGUAUUCUUCCAACGUCUGUCUUGGAUUCUCAUUACUAUCUACACUGCAUUCCUCCGAACUAGAUUUGCACAAAGCACGCAUGUACAGGACUCUUUCAGAAGGCUCGAAUCGAGAAUUGAUUCCUUAGUUGGCGCCCAGGGUAAUCCUCCGGCUGUGCGCUCUGUCUGGGAAGGUAUCAAGAGCGUUGCGCGCCAGUUCCACGAUGCCACGGAUCUUGGCAAGUAUACGAACGGAUCUGCGGUACCCAAAAAGACUUCUUAA